AUGUCCAGUGUCGGCGGAAUUCUACGUACAUUUGACGACCUUUAUGAAUUGAGACGCUUGCAAAGUUUCGAUGAGUUUAUCAGAGGCACCGUCAUAUCAACAUAUUCGCUAAAGGGCGGCAUAUGUCGAGUUCUUCUUGAGGAUGAUUCUGCAUCCGGUCUGGAAAGGUCGGUCAUUACGUAUUCUCCUUUCGAUUCUUUUUCUGAAAAGAGACGUCUUUUCGUGACCCUUGCUUCGGAGGUUGCAAAUCUUUUGUCCAUUCCAUCACGACAUGUAUGCACCCGAGUUGGAUUACCUCACGAUAUGCAUCCCCAUUUGGUAGUUAAUUGGAGUGGGAUGAUUCCAUUUUCGAUCCGGCUUAUUUUAUAUGCGAAAUCGCUACAAGAGGCUAUCCAUCUGCAAUUAGUUUCGCCCUCGUUGGGCACCAAGAUAAUCAAUCCCGUUUCCAGAAUCUGCCGGGUAUCUGCAGAAGCAUCGGCCAAUAAUCCCCUUUUGUCUUUUAAGGCCGAAGUAAAGGACGAUUUUCCGGCAAAAACAGAUCGCCACUGCUAUCCCCAGCUUGCGACAAUUAUGUCGAAUACAGUGGUAGAUUUGCUUGGUCUUGUGGUGGAAUGGAUUGAGCCUCAUUUAUUUAUGAAGUUGCUGAUGGUCGACCAUUCGCUAGAAAAUUCAUCCCCAUUCGUGGUUAAUUUAUUUCUGAAAAGCCAUAUGGACUUUCCACAAAUAGCGUCUGCUGGAGAGGCAAUCCGUCUGCAUCGAGUCAAGGGCGAGUUAAUGGGAAUCAAUACCAAAGGGUUCUCGUUUGUUGUGAUCACAAGGGACCGGGAGCCUCGCCCUUCAGUAAGCAGACACGCCUCAACUAGCCCGCUUGUGAGCUCGGACUCUAAUCGGAUAGCUUCUUUGUACAGCUGGUGGUCCAAGCUUUGUAAGAACGACAUCAGGCCCACAUGGGCUUCUCUCUGUGGACCCGAUUCACCCACAAGAGCAGAAACGCUCCCUAUGCCAACAUUCACUCAAAAUGGCCAUUCUCAUGCGUUUGCUCCCAAUUUUAAGAAACUGCGCGAAGUCAAAGAUAUCAGAGCUGGGACAAUUGUUGCUGAAGGAGCCGAUUCUCUUGGUCAUCAGCAGAACGUGGUCGCUGAUAAGCUUCUUUGUACGUUUUGGGAUGAACAUGUACCGAUUGCAAAAGAGAUUUUACAUGUUGGGCGAAUCGCCUACUUCAAAAAUCUUCAUGCCCGCCCGAUUUGUCCUGGAAGUGACUCGGAGGAAAUUAUUGCCGUCAUGCACGGCUGCGGACUCCCUGCAUCCCAUUCGAUUAUCCCAAUCGAUAGUCCCGCUGGUGUCUCUUUUUGUCAGCCAUUGUUGAGGUUUUCUUUUUUUCGUAAUCAAGUGUAG